AUGUGCAUAAAGCACUUUUGGAAAGAUUUAAAAGAAAUCCCAAAGACAUGAUCUAUAAAGCGACAAAUGAUGGUCUGCUAUAUAUUCGCAGUUUUCUCUAUGCUGAUACUAGUUUUUUUAUUCAUGAUAACCAGCUUUUAUUUUCUUGGAGAGCACACAGUAAUAAAAAUUGAAAAAACCCAAAGCAAACAAGCCACCGACAAUAUGAAAGAACUUGUAGCCCAAGGGGCGUCCUACGUCAACACAAAAUUCCAAGAUAUUUUUGUUAUGAACCAAUUGGUGAAAGAAAUGCUAUAUUCAAUGCUAAACGACGAAAAUGCCUAUGCAUUGAAUUAUUUAAAUAUCACAGAUUAUGAGCAUUUACCUAAAGAAAAUUUGACUAAAGUUAUCAAUUUGUAUGGGAACCAAAGGGUGUGCUUUACUUAUAGCUGCUAUAAAACUUUUGGAGAGAUUUUUAACGUAUCAUAUAGUUUGAUUAAAAAAGUGUCUAGGUUUAAUAAUAUUUGGCCCACGACACUUGUAUUGACUUUUCAGACUGUCAUAAGAUAUAGCGAAUUUUAAUGAUUUUUUAAUAAUAAUUAUCAGAAAAAUGAUGGAGAGCGAAAUGAGGGAAAAGGUAUAUAUGAUGUAUUUUGAUGAAGGCAAUUUUAUGAUCACCUAUCCAGGAAGCUACAUUCCUAGCACUUAUAGACCUACAAACCAAACUUGAUAUAUGGCUUAUAAGCAAAAUAAUGCUACAAAUUUAGCGACUGUUGGGUAUCCUGAUUACUUACUCCCCCCCCUCGUGAGUGAACAAAACCAUUAGAAAAAUCCCUAUUUUUGCCCAAAAACCCACCCUCUGUGAGUGAACAAAAAUUUUUUUAAUAGAAAAAUUUUUCAUGGGGAAAAAAUUUGAUAUAUAAAUGAUAAUUAGCAUAAUGAAAUCUAGAGCUAAUUCUGUUUAACUUUAAACAAAUUGCUUUUAAAACAUAGGAUUUUUUUAAAUUUCGAAAAAAUAUUUUAUAAAAUUUUUAUAUAUAAAUUUUUUUAAAAAAAAAAAAUCAACCCCCCUCCGUGAGUGAACAAAAUUUUCUGUCACUCACGGAGAGGGGGAGUUAGGGAAUCUUCUUGAUAUAAUUUCAUUGGUUACACCACUUACUGAUAACAACAAUAAAAAUAUUGGGGUUAUAUUAGCUGAUUUGCCUGUCCUAUUUAUAUAUCAAGACCUUAAAGAGCUAAAAUACCUAGGAAAAGGGGACACAGCCCUUGUCCACAAGAGUGGCCAGAUUUUAAAAUGCAAUGGAAAAGGAUGGUGAAGCAAUUCCUAUGACUCCAUUACCCAGCUAGAAGAUUCCCAUUUUUGGGGAAAAGUAUUGGUUAAGCCUAAAGGGAUCCAUUUUAUGGUUUUUCACGAUGAAGUAUAUAGAGUUGCUACAUUCCCAAUAGGGAGUCAAAACAAUGACGAAUGAUGGUAUGUUCUUAUGCUUUUUGUAAAGGAGAGAGAUAUUAUUUUCUCUUAUAUAAUACUUAUAGGAGAUUUAUAAAAAAAAAAUAUGGGAUAUUUAUGGGGAAAUUCUAUAUUAUGACCUAUGGAAGUGACAGCAGAAAUAAAAUCGAAGAAUUUGGAGGAAUUUUAAUAGGGUUUUUUAUAUUUUGUGGUGGGGUUAUUUUAGCUGUAAUUAUUAUGAUAAUUCAUUGUUCUGCGAGGUCUAUUAGAAGCCCUUUGCAAAAGAUUGCGGAUUUUACUAAUAAAAUUAAUUCACAUGCAGUGGAAAGUGAAUUUUUAGGAAAUCUUGAUAUAAAUAGCUUAAAGGAAGGAAACGAUGAAAUUUCUGAACUUGUGGCAAAUUAUAAAUCAUUAGCUAAUGUACUGUUGAAAUAUCAGGAUAAUAGAAUCCAUAAUCCUUUUAAAAUAACAACAGAAAGAGUGUACCCUCCUAAUGAGCUUUUUAAUAAAAGCAAGUUUAACUUGAAAAGUUUAAUUGAGCAAUUACCAGACUCAAAAGAUAUGUAA